AUGGCACCGGGAAAAGUAGUUGUGUCGGCAGUGUCCGUUGUAUUGGUAGUGGGAGUUGCCCUAGCGGUGGUCGCCGUGGUUAAUGUUCAGAAUCAGAAGAAGGAGGAAGUUGGCGGCCAUGCCAUCUCCUCACAGACAAAAAUAGUGGAAUCUAUUUGCUCCGCUACCAACUACAAGAGCUCUUGCCAAGACAGCCUUAAGACCGUGGCUACCAAUUCCAGCGCCGAUUUCAAGGACUAUGUCAAGGCUGCCAUGCUAGCCACCAUGGACCAAGUUAGCAAAUCCAUGAACUUGACAAGUUCCUUGUUGAUCGAGGCCGACAAGAGCAGCAACCCUAAGCUGAGGAUGUCCCUCGAGGACUGCAACGAUUUAUUGAGCUUCGCCAUUGAUCAACUUCAGGCCUCGUUCUCCAUGGUUGGUGAAAGCGCAACGCACACCCUCCAAGAACGCGUCUCCGAGCUUAAGAGUUGGCUGAGCUCCGUCAUCACCUAUGCCGAGACAUGCAUCGAUGGAGUACCGGAGCCCAAAAUUCAGGAUAAGAUGAAAGACACUUUGCGAAACGCCUCUGCUCUCACUGACAACGCUUUGGCCAUUGUUUCAGGGUUGUCUCAGAUUCUCGAGGCCUUCGGCUUGAAAAUUGACGCUAAACCCCUUAACGGCCGUCGCCUUCUGUCCAAUAACGAUGGUUUCCCAACCUGGGUUUCUGCUUCGGACAGAAAGCUUUUGCAGGCAGGCACCGAAAAAGUCGUACCGCAAGCGGUUGUGGCAAAGGAUGGUAGCGGUCAGUAUAAGACCAUAGCAGCUGCUCUGGCCGCCUACCCUAAAACCGGCCUCACGGGAAGAUACAUCAUUUACGUCAAGGCUGGAGUUUACGACGAGUACAUCACGGUGGAUAAGAGCAUGGCUAACGUGUUCAUGUACGGAGAUGGACCAACAAAAACUGUUGUCACUGGUAGUAAGAGCGUCGCCAAAGGGUUAACCACCUUGCGGUCGGCUUCCUUCGCUGUGGAGGGUCCAGGAUUCCUUUGCAAGGAGAUGGGAUUCGAGAACACGGCGGGGCCAGAGGGACACCAAGCGGUGGCACUUCGGGUGAUGGCGGAGAUGGCUGUGUUCCAUAACUGCCAAAUGGAUGGCUACCAAGACACAUUGUACGCGCUCUCUGGACGCCAGUUCUACAGCCAGUGUGUCAUUUCAGGAACCGUCGACUUCAUAUUCGGAGACAGCCCUUGUGUGAUCCAGAACUCGCAGAUCGUAUUGCGGCGGCCCAUGGACGGUCAACUUAACGCCGUCACAGCUCAGGGGAGGAGAGAACAACACCAGCCUAGCGGCAUCGUGCUCCACAACUGCAACAUCGUGCCGGAGCCGAAGUUGGUUGCCGAGAGGUUGACCAUCAAAUCCUACUUGGGAAGGCCAUGGAGGGAGUUCUCUAGGACUGUAGUAAUAGAGAGCACCAUUAGUGACGCUAUCCAACCAGCUGGGUGGGUGGCUUGGGAAGGUACCUUUGGCCUGGACACACUGUACUACGCCGAGUACGGGAACACUGGGCCGGGCGCUAAGACGGAUAACAGAGUGACAUGGAAAGGGUUCCAUGUUAUAUCAAAGACUGAAGCCGCGCAAUUCACACCUGGGCCAUUUUUGGAUGCAGAGAAGUGGAUCAAGACCACUGGAGUCCCUUUCCAGACUAGCUUGAUUCACUAAUUCGUCGUUUCAGAGAGAAACUAUUCAUUAUUUGAUUGAUUUUUUAUAAAUAUUUUUUAUUAUGGAAGGUGAAAAUUGAGAUGAUGAUAAUGUUAAUGACUAUUUAAUUGUACAUAUACAAUGCUUGCAAGUGGGGCUAGAAAAUCUUGAUCUGGCUGAUGCAUGCAGUGCAUACUCAUUUUUAUCUCGAGGGUUGUAAUUUUUUUGUUAUUUAUAAAAAAUUAAUUUGGUUUGCUUUCU